UUCGCAUAUUGUAUUGCAUAGCUGCCCAAUUGCCCCCGCCCCGUCUUUCUCGUGCCCAUUUGAAGCUCUCUGCGCGUCCAGUCUGCCGGUUGUACAUUAGCACUCCGGGUUUCCUGGUGUCUGGCCGGUAAGAGCACCAAAUUUGCCCCCGGCAGCGGCAGCAGCAGCAGCAGCAGCAGCCGGCCUCGGGAUGCUCGCUGCAGCUGCGCGCAUCGCGAUGCAAUGCUCAGGUCGCAUUCACCGCCAAGCCGCCAUCUCGUCUGACGCCACUCACAGGCGCCUACAAAGGUACCCCGCCAUGCCCCACCUCAGGUCUUCUACUCUCCUGCUCGCCUCCGUCCGCUCUUCUGCAACCACCACACUCCGCGCACCCCUCAACAAGCGAUUCUUUACUCCCUCAGCAGCAAACAUGGUCGUCAAGACGUACUUCGACUGCACCUGGACCGGCCCCGAGGUCCAGGUCGACUCCAAGGGCAACAUCACCAACACCGGCGCCGUCAAGGAGCAAUCCGGCCGCAUCAACUUCGAGCUCUUCGACGACGUGGUGCCCAAGACGGCCGAGAACUUCCGCGCCCUCUGCACGGGCGAGAAGGGCUUCGGCUACCAGGGCUCCAAGUUCCACCGCGUCAUCCCCCAGUUCAUGCUCCAGGGCGGUGACUUCACCCGCGGCAAUGGCACGGGCGGCAAGUCCAUCUACGGCGAGAAGUUCGGCGACGAGAACUUCAAGUUGAAGCACAACAAGCCCUUCCUGCUCUCCAUGGCCAACGCCGGCCCGAACACCAACGGCUCCCAGUUCUUCAUCACCACCGUCGUCACCUCGUGGCUCGACGGCAAGCACGUCGUCUUCGGCCAGGUGCCUGACGGCGACACCGAGUCGGUCCGCGUCAUCAAGGCCAUCGAGGCUUGCGGCACCAACUCGGGCACCAUCAAGUACCAGCAGCCGCCCGUCAUCGCGGCCUGCGGCCAGCAGUAGAUGCACGACUUGUAACGGAUAAGGGCACGGCAAGGGCACGGCAAGGGCACGGUCUUCUGCGUGCAAUCAGCGGGCCCGUGCGGUCAGCUGGUUGUCACAAAAGUUUGGGCACUCGGAUCAGUAGCUUCAAUGACAGUCUGAGUUACCGACGAUAAUGCGCAUGCUCCAUUCUACAGCUUCCAUCGUGAUGAUUGCGCCCAAGGGCCAUUGGCAUGGCCGCUCGCAUCGCACGACCACGGCCGCAAAAUUUUGCGUCGCAAGGAGGGGCAAGCACCUUCACCCCACCUCAGCCCAACAUUCAUUAACCCCGC